CCGGGCUUCUCUUAUUGCGUAUUCACGCAUCACUUCCGGGUUGGUCUCGGGUCUGUUUACACUCCGUGGGGAUCCACAUCUUUAAAACAAGGACCUGGAGACCUGGUUCCUGUCUCUGUAACCUGGUUCCAGUCUCUGUCACCUGGUUCCUGUCUCUGUAACCUGGUUCCAGUCUCUGUCCCCCCUCUGGGAUCUGGACUCUUCUGUUUUUAAAACCCAGACUCUGUGGAUUUGUGAAGACCAUGUCCCCGGCUGCUGCCCUCCACGCGCAGCUCGCCUCCAUCAUGGAGGUUCUGGCGAACACGGCCGUGGCGGAGAUCUGUGAGCUCGUGGACAGCGGGUACUCGGUCCUGCAGCUGGAGGUCUCCCGGUCCCGGAAAGAGAACGAGGUCCUGCGGAGAAAACUGAGGCUCCUGGAGCUCCGGACUAACCGAGCGGCCACGCUGCGCGCCGCGGCCGCCGCGAGCGGCAACGCGCGAGCUCUGCCGCCUGCUCAUCACCCGGGCAACGAGCCGAGGAGGAACCGGACCUUUGGAGGUGAGGCGGUCUUGUGCAGAGUGUCUACCCAGGAGACUCAGCGGAGUGGAGACAUCAGUCCCUCCCCAGACCCUGGACGAGACCUCACACAGGGGGCUCCGGCUGAAGGUGAGCCGGUCAAACUGGUGGCUGCUGUGAUCAAAGUGGAGGACGAUGAUGAGUCCUGGUCCCUGCCUGGUCCGGACAAAGAUCUCUGCCUUGUUGUUGAAGGACAGAAAACAGACCAGGAAGCUCCGCCCCCGCUGACCAAACAGGAAGUAGCAGACGAGGGCGGCAGUUCGACUCAAGCAUGGACCAGUGAGGAAGUCAGCUCCACUUCAGUGUCCGUCCAGAACACGGCGAACACCGCCCAGGCGUCAGAGAGCAGCAGCUAUGACUGUAUGAUGUUUGAGCCACAGCUUCAGAACGGCUCCAUGAUUACCCAGAAUCCUUUGCAUGAGGACCCGAGCUGCUCCUACGUCUUAAACACAAAUGAGACCGUAGCGGCUGCGUCUGAUUCAGGCAGCAGCAGCGGCUUCUCUUUCCCGGUCAGCGAGAUGAGUCAGCCUGUAGCAGCAGGUUUACAGAACGACCAGCAGAGGGCGCCGCUGCCUUCCUCCAGGAAAGAGAUGAGGGAGAGACAGAACCCGUUCACCAGGAGGGAGCGCUGGAGGCCUCAGGAUGGGGCGUCCCAUCACAGUCGGGAGGACGGCGCGGGGAAGACGUUCGUGUGCAACUACUGCGGGAAAACCCUGGCCUGCCUGAAGAACCUGAAGACCCACAUGAGGGUCCACACGGGCGAGAAGCCGUUCGUCUGCGUGCUCUGCGGGAAACGCUUCUCCGACUCCAGCAACCUGAAACGCCAUCAGAGCGUCCACACGGGAGAGAAGCGCUACGGCUGCGUCCACUGCGGCAAACGCUUCGCCCAGUCGGGAUCCCUGAAGGUCCACAUGAGCGUCCACACGGACUGCAAACAGUUCCGGUGUUCGUACUGCGGCAAGACCUUCAUCUCCGGCAGCCACCUGCGGCGCCACAUCACCGCGCACGCCGCAGAGAAGCGGUUCGCCCCGACGUUUCAGUGACGGCGCGAGAUCGGGGAGGAUGGGGGCCUAAAGAAGUCCACAUGUAAAUGAAGGAUCUCAAAGUUCCUGGUUUCAGGUUUCUGUGUUUGGUGGUUUCAGGAUUCGAGGUCCACUGCAUGUCCAGAAAGGAUCUGACUGUUUUCACAUUUUUACGACGUGGUUUGAAAUGUAAACAUUUUUAUAUGUUUUGAUUUUGAUUAGCUUCAUCGCUACGUUGACUGAGCAGCCGGUGUUCUGGCUUCAAGUGUGACCCUGUUAAGUGGUGACUAUCUGGUUAAACACAGAAAGAGUCCUUGAACGCAUCGUGGUUUGGUUUUUAUGUCGACAUAAACUCAUCAGAUCGGUCUUUAAAAGGUGACAUAUCAUGCCAAAUGGACUUUUGAAUGGUUCUCUCCCUGAAAUCUGUGUCCCUGUCUACAAACCCCCUGAAAAGUCAAAGACUCCAUUCUGCCCCUGUUCUGAUUUCUCCACCUUUCUGUAAAUGUGUGCUGAAACCAGCCGUUUCAGUUUUCAGUGUUUUUCAUACGUCACAACGCCAUCCGGUCUGUAACAGGAAGUCAGAGCUCGGAGCUUGUUCAGCCCAUAGACUGUAUAAAAUACAACUCAACCCCUCCUCCGUUUUUCAUUCCCUGCACACAUGUGUGCUAACAAGGAGCUUAGGAGGGAGGCAUGCUAGUUGUAGGCUGUCUUAAUAAACACAAAGGUCGGUUUGACUCCCCACGUCUGCAGAUUUGAAGAUCUAGCUAGCGCUAGUUAGCAUAGCCACAUAGCUACAUGUUGGUAGCUGUGUACCAAGACACACGUGGACAUGCUGACAAAUAAAACAACAAGAAACACUAAAUCUGUGACCAAUGGUUCAGAAAGGUCCUGCUGCAGGCGCCUCUCCAUCAGGAUCAGAUUCUGGAUCAGAUUCAGAGGGUUGAAGUAACGCAGGUCUGUGAGCAGCCGUGUAUAUUCAGCCAACAUGUAAACAUUAGAUCAACGUGCUGGACAGCCGAGGCCACACCCACUUCCUGAGGGGGCGUGGUCAGAGAGCUCAUUCUCAUUUAAAGGCACAGACACAGAAAAUAGCCUGUUCUGAGGAGGGCUGAAGAAGAGGGGUUUACAGGCAGACCAGAAUCUGAUUUCAAAGAGUUUUUAUGAGCAAUAAACUUUAAAGACAUGUUUUGGGGACCUCUUAGACCAAUAUAUGUUGAUGAAAAAGAGCAGAAUAUGUCACCUUUAAAGGAAAAACUCAAGAGACACAUUCGGCUGAGUCGCCAGCUAACAGGGUCACCAUUUACACUGAAACACCGGCAGCUGAAGUUUCACUGAACAUAAAUAUUAACCUCUGAAACUCUGAAUCAUAUCCCCAGUGUGGUUCUGACUCAGUCACAAGAGAGAGACAGGAAGGACUCAGUAUGGGGAGGGGAGUAAUGAGUACAAGCAUCCCUCACUGUAACUUAGCUCCUCCCCCGUCUCUCUCCUUACCCCCUUUAGAGGCAGUUUCAGGGUGUGGAAGAGGCGGAGCAACGCUGUCCAUUUUAUUUACAGUCUAUUAUGGUGGCAACACAUUUCUGCCUGAUGGUCACAGUGACAGGAGGGGGGCGGGGCUAGCCAGUAGAACUUUUGAAUGCACACGCUGUGAUUGGCCAAACCAUUAUUACAUGAAGGGGGAGUCAUAUUGUUUUUGUGGUCUCAGCUUGUCUUCUGAUUUCAGAAUUCAAACUGUGACUGAUAUUUGACGAUCUGUACGUGACCACAGAAAAUAAAGUCAUGAGCAUCGAG